AGAUAAUCUUCAAGACUAUCCACAAUUACUCAGUACUUAAAAGAGGGGAGCAAUUUGACCUUUUUCAUUUGCAGGCAUUUAGCUACUACCUGUUGGUGAUAAUUGCUGCCACUUAUUCACACAACUUUUGUUUCCAGAAAGAAACUUUAAGGGAUAAAAGGAAACAAUAGGGUCUAAAAUGUUGGUACUGACAGCAUCCUGUGGUGAGGUGCUUAUUUUGUAAUUUCGGUAUGUUGCUAAUUUAAUUAUUAAAGCUUUCUUGGGGAUUCUUUCCCCAAUACUUCACUGGAUGGGGUUAUAAAAUAAUAGUAUAUUUUCCAGAAUAAAGAAGUUGUGCUUUUUUGAAUGUGAUUUGUGCAUUGUGAACUCAAUAUUUUUCCGUAUAUAAAGUGGUUUGCUCUAGGGAAGUUAUUAUGAAUCUUGAAUGUGCUAACAUUCUUUAGAUGGUAGUAUAGUAUCUUUGUACGAUGCUGUCGGUGAAGGAAGGGAGCAUGGAGAAAAUAAAUACCACAAGAUUUUUCACUUGAAAAGACACCUUGGGUGCAUUUGCAGAAGAGAUCCGUGUGCUUUCCUCAGCAAUUCUGAUGUCUCUCUGUUGUAGGGUGUUUUUCUCUUGUCAGAUGAUGUCCAAACUUAGGCCUCUUACUUCAAAUUAGCUUUCAGCAUAUGAGCCUGAGAGCUGGCAAGUAGCCUUAUGAGCCAUGGAGUCUGGCAGAAUGCUUAUUUGGGGGAUUCAGGUCUGCAGUCUCCCCAGCCACAAACUAAGAUGUGUUUCAAAGCCAAAAAACUCCAUACGUCCUUAUAAAAAUAAAACCAAGAACUAAUGUAAUGAAACUUGGGGAUUUCUAAGUGAUGAUACUGUAGCCAAAUUCUCUUGCCAAGAUGCAAUUGUUUUUAUGCUUUAGAUUUAAGUUGGCUUGAGAAACUUGUUGGAGGGAGAAACUAAAAGAUUUUUCUAUACUUUGAGAUUGUUAUAGAAGGAUGAUAAUUUGGAUAUUACCCUUGAUGAAAGAGCUCCUUGCAAGGAGGAGGAGUUUUAUAGCAGAUCACAAAUCCAGUGUAGAGAUGAUGGGGACAAAAUAAAGCCAAUAGAUGUCUAUAUAAUAUGGAUUUCAGUAUGGGGAGAGAGCCAGGAUUAUUCAUUAUAUAGGUACUGUUUUUUCUGGUUUUAUAUAUUUGAUAUAUCAUGUUUACAUCAUGGACCCCUGGGCAAAUGUUUGUGGUUUCACGGACUUCAGAGUACUAGAGACAAAUGUAAUGUUGAUAACAGUAAAAACCUAAAAUAACUCCAGUGUCUUGAUUCUAGGUUUACAGUUGGGAGCUGAAUUUUUCUUUAUAUUAACCAUACAUUUUAACUGAGUGAAUAGUUCAAACUUGUUCUGUCUUCUAAAUGUAGAAUUUCAAUGAACUAAAUGUUAGAAUUACAGUAUCAGUCUGUGGUUUAAAGAGAAAUAGUUGUUCAGAUCCUCGCUCCUAAUUCUGCUUCUUCUGGGUCUGUUAGCAUGAACAGGGCACACAAGAUGACAACUGACAGGGUUUUGCAGUGAGGAUUUUAGCUUCCACCUUUAUACUUUUCUUAGAUACCUUGCAUGGUUAAGCUAACCGUACAAUAGAAAUAGGAGUUGCUAAUUGGCUUUACGCUUUUAAUUAGUCUUCUGGUAAAUUAUGAACUUGUCUUUUGGUAAUGUGUAUUUUUUCUGUUUGUGUCAUGUCUACAAUGUUCGAGCCUUAGGAAUGUGUAAUUUAGUUUAUGGUAAUAAAAAUGAAGUACUUGUUUUAGGCUGAACUGAGCUCUUCAGAACACACAGUGCUCUAAAACCUCUGUGUGUAGCUACCAUAUGAGAUGGAUACGCCGUACACCAUACCAGAGGUGUCCGAUAGCUCAAAGUGCAUUUCUUUCAGCUUCCUGUGCAAAAUUGGUUUUGUAAAGGGAUUUUUUUUUUUUAAUGACAUGUUAAAUUUAAUGUUAUAUUUUGUAUAUUAGCUUGGUUUUGGGAAAAAAUAUUUUUCUGUCAAGAAUGUAAAUGUUUUUCGUCUCUUUAUUAGUAUGUAGGAAAUAGCUGUAGACAUAGACUUACCAGUACAGAGGGAUCCUGUGGUGCUCUAUAAUGGCUCAGAGAUGGAUUCAUCAGAACAGUCAACAACUAGAAGCAAGCAGAAAUCCAGAAAAUUCUUAAAAAGUCUAAUAAGAAAGCAGCCUCGGGACCUUCUUCUUGUAAUUGGAACGGGAGUAAGUGCUGCAGUAGCACCAGGAAUCCCAGCGCUGUGCUCCUGGAGGGGCUGCAUCGAGGCUGUAAUUGAAGCAGCUGAACAGCUGGAGGUGCUUCAUCCAGGAGAUGUUGCUGAAUUUCGUAAAAAAGUAAUCAAAGAUAGAGACCUGCUUGUGGUUGCACAUGAUCUCAUCAGGAAAAUGUCACCACGUACUGGGGAUACGAAGCCCAACUUCUUCCAGGACUGCUUAAUGGAGGUGUUUGAUAACUUAGAGCAACACAUUCAGAAUCCUGUUGUUCUGCAAUCAAUCCUGAGACUCAUGGAGAGAGGCACAAUGGUUCUGACUACAAACUAUGAUAAUUUACUUGAAAUUUUUGGUCAGCAACAGGGUAAACCUAUGGAAUCUCUAGACUUGAAAGAUAAGGAUAAGGUUCUUCAGUGGGCAAGAGGGCAUAUAAAAUACGGAGUUCUUCAUAUUCAUGGCUUAUAUACAGAUCCCUGUGGAAUGGUGCUGGAUCCCUCGGGAUAUAAAGACGUUACUCAAGAUCCUGAAGUUAUGGAGGUUCUUCAAAAUUUGUAUCGAAGCAAGUCUUUUUUGUUUUUGGGCUGUGGAGAGACUCUGCGUGAUCAGAUAUUCCAAGCUCUUUUUCUAUAUACUGUAAAGAAUAAAGUGGAUUUAGAACAUUAUAUGUUGGUGCUGAAAGAAAACGAAGACCACUUUUUUAAGCUCCAGGCAGAUAUGCUGCUGCACGGAAUAAAAGUAGUGUCUUACGGGCACUGCUUUAAACAAUUCCCAGAGUACGUACAAGAUCUGACUGCUCAAAUCUGCAAGCAGAGAAGUCCAGAUACUGAUCGAGUGGACAGCACAACGUUGCUGGGAACUUCAUGUGUGGACUGUGCUAAAAGGAAGUUAGGAGAAAAUGGCACUGACUCCCCUAAGAAAAUCAAGCAAUCAGAUAAUGCAGGUGCAAGUUUUCUCUCCUGUGCUUCAAGCCAGUUGGACCCAGCUCCUACCAAGGUGGAGCCACAACAAAGGUCAUGUUUUAAUCUGUCAGAAAUGACUUUUGUUAUAGCUGUGACUGUUAGUUGCCUUUAAUAUGAAGGGGUUUUCAUUUUCUCAUCAGCUCAACUGUGGGUAGGCUGCUGGAGGCUGAAGUCUUCAGGGGUCUGUCAGCACAAGGCUGCUUGCAAGCUUCAGAUUCAGAACUCUGCACUGUGAGGAACAGGAAAUGUUUCAUGUUUAUGGAAACUGCAUCAUGAUAACCUAUGUAUUUUACCCUUUUAGCAUGAAUGUUCGUUAUUAUUUGUCAGUCUGUUAAGGCAUGAGAUCACAUGGGGAGAAAAGCAUUGUAGUAAUGUAUGAGCAAGGAAAUACCAUAUAUACAUGGGGGCUUACAGACCUAUUUGCAGUGUAUUUCUAUGGAAAUAUUUUAGCAGUUGUUUAAAUCAUAGAGUAUGCUGCUAGUUAUCUCAGCAAGCAGAUAAUGGAUAGUCUUAAUGCAGCAGAAUUAAAACCAGUCAGUAUCUAUCUGUAGACAAUUUCUAGUGUGCAAGUUUUACUUCAGUUGAACUAGUCAAAUGAUUACAGUUAGACACUGCAUUAACUUUUUCUGAGGUGCUGUUACUUCACCUACCACCGAACUGUCUCACUACUGAACUGACAUAAUUACCCAUCCAGUUGCUAACACUGAUAAUCUUCUGAAAUAUUCUAGUCAGCUGCCUCUCACCUUCUCCUGUCUGCAGGAGAGCAUUUUCAGGACUAUUCUUUGUUCUGAUACUGGCACAUUUGUAUCUGGCAGCCCUGGAGGGUUGCUUCAGUCAGAUUUCUCUGCUCAUGUUCCGUGUAGAUUUGAUCUGUUGUGCCUUCUGAAAUUGCAUCACACUAUAAUACGGCUUUACAGGGAGUAGAAGUGAUGGGUCUGUCAGAUGACCUUUUUGUCUCAGUUGGAGUAUGUCAGCUCUACUCUCACAACAUCACAAGAACAGUUUCUGAUUGUUCUCUAGUAUGCAUGUGUGCACAAUGAAAAGCUUAAACGUGAGGUGCAUGCUUCUUUCUAGGUCCAUAACUACUGAGAGGGGCAGAGUUUUUGUGGUGUAGAAGUGUGUCCCCGUUCAGAAGUAGGUAAAGAUGUGAGUACGUUUUGCCUAGAAAAGCAAUCUUACAUAAUGCGUGCACGGUGACUCUUGCCUCUUCUACCCCAGAAGAAAACACCUACUUGUCUUUCACAGAAUGACUGACAGCCUGGAAGGCAUACUUGCAUUUUAGUAUGUGGUAUAAUUGCUAAGGACCUCAAGUAUCAGUUCUCCAAAGUUUCAGCUGUGUCUUUUAAAGGGUAAAUAUCAAAAGCAAAACCAGCCUGAAUAUAGACCAUAUUCAUCCUCUCCCUUUGAGAGAUUGUAUUUAUGCAUACAUCACUUCUGAAAAUUGUCUUUUAGCAUCAUGUAUAGCAUUAUCUGUAGGACUAUAACCCCUAAAAUUUGCUUCUCUAGUCAGCAUGAAGUGGCUGUUUUGAAAAGUGAUCAGUCAUGCUAUUUUGGAUGCUGAUGUAUCAGCUUAGAACACUUAACCCAUUGCUUCAAGCUGCAGCAGAAUUAAUCAGAUGAGCUAUAUAUGACCCUGAUUACUGCAAUUACUUAAGCCCAACCCUAAAGUCAUGUAGCAUCUUAUUUUGGGCCUGAAGUCAGAGCUACAUUAGGAAAUCACAUCCCCUCCCUUCGGUGAGGACCAGCUUACACCUAGCACUGAUGAUUCUUCUGUUUUGUAGACACUACUGAACUGCAGCUUGUAAAACAGCCUCCCCUGACUCAAGUGCCAUUUAUUUGUAUCCUGAAAAGCAGAUGAAGAAGGAAGGGGUUAUUUUAAUUUCUAACAUACACAAUAAGAAGGUAGAAAUGCCUAGUUUUGGUUUUGUUCCAUGCCCCACCCCCCCAGUCAGAAUACUUGUAGUCAUCUUAGGGAUGAGAUUGCCUUGCAGCUACCUCAGGGUUUAAAAUACAGUCAAAAGGGACAGAACCUAGAACUUCUCUGUUCCAUUUAUCUGUUCAGUGAAAGAUUAACUUGUUUAAAGCCCUCUUCAAAUUACUACCUGAGCACUGUGAAAGAACUAACAAUACAAACUGGCAUGUUAAAUGAUGUUUGCUGAUUCUACCAUAGAUGGCUCCUUUUCUAUUUUUUUUUUUUUUAAGUAAAAUAGUUACUGAAAACAAACUUGUUGACCAUUUAUUAUUCUGUUUUGCUCAAACUGUAUAAUGAAUUUGAUAGGAUAUCUCUUAUGAUGGCAUACACUCUUUUAAUAAAAUACUUAAAGCCAAA